AAUUAACUAACGAUACCAUAGUUCCUUAAACCAAUGAAGAUAAGGAAAAUCUUAUAAAUCAAAAUUUGCAAAAUUUAAAGAGACGAGAGAGGAAUGGCAACGUUAUGUCCAUGUCCACCCAAAUCUUCUCCGGCCACCUUGGUAAUCUUGAGCUCGCCGCUUCUUCUCUCGGAAACAAUGGAAUCCAAGUGUUCGCCUAUGGCCUCAUGUUAGGCAUGGGAAGUGCGGUGGAGACGCUAUGUGGACAAGCAUAUGGAGCUCAAAAGUACGAAAUGCUAGGCAUAUAUCUACAAAGAUCAACCAUCCUCCUAACGUUGGUCGGUUUCCUCCUCACCUUGGUCUACAUCUUCUCAGAACCAGCUCUAAUCUUUCUCGGCGAGUCCCCGAGAAUCGCCUCCGCCGCCGCCAUUUACGUCUACGGCCUGAUCCCUCAAAUCUUUGCCUACGCCGUCAACUUCCCGAUCCAGAAAUUCCUCCAAGCUCAAAGCAUAGUGACUCCAAGUGCAUACAUAUCAGCAGUGACUCUAGCCGUACACCUCUUGCUGAGCUGGGUGGCCGUGUACAAGAUUGGGCUUGGGAUUCUGGGCGCGUCGCUGGUGCUCAGCCUGUCGUGGUGGAUCACUGUGGUGGCGCAGUUUGUAUACAUCUUGAAAAGCGAGAGGUGCAGGCACACGUGGAGCGGUUUUACGUGGCAAGCGUUCACCGGGUUGUAUGGAUUCUUCAAAUUAUCGGUGGCGUCUGCAGUGAUGCUUUGUUUAGAGACGUGGUAUUUUCAGAUUCUGGUUCUGCUGGCUGGCUUGCUGGAAAAUCCUGAGUUGGCUCUUGACUCGCUCUCGAUUUGCACGACUAUAUCAGGAUGGGUGUUCAUGAUCUCAGUUGGGUUAAAUGCAGCUGCAAGUGUGCGAGUAAGCAAUGAGCUUGGAGCCGGAAAUCCCAAGUCCACAGCAUUUUCCGUCAUCGUGGUGACUACGAUCUCCUUCAUCAUCUCCGUCAUCGCAGCUAUAGUUGUUCUUAUUUUCCGUGAUGUUAUCAGCUACGCCUUCACGGAGGGUGAAGUCGUGGCUGCUGCUGUCUCAGAUCUCACCCCUCUGCUUGCCCUCACCCUCCUCCUUAAUGGAAUUCAGCCUGUCUUGUCCGGUGUUGCUGUUGGGUGUGGAUGGCAAGCUUUUGUGGCCUAUGUAAAUGUGGGCUGUUAUUACUUGGUUGGAGUACCACUUGGUGCCCUUCUUGGAUUUUACUUCAACUUUGGCGCUAAGGGAAUAUGGUUAGGGAUGAUGGCGGGCACGUUGAUGCAAACAAUCAUUCUAAUAUGGGUCACCGUUCGAACGGACUGGAAGAAGGAGAUGCUCUUUCACAAGAUUCUCCUCUGAUUCGAUCUCUGACGUUGAUUUAAUCCAAGGGUGGCGUGCACUUGAUCUUGAAUCAAACGGUUGCAAUGUGGACUCCCUGCUAUGUUGACGAUUUGAGGAAGAUGAUUGACCAAGGGCUGUAGAAGCUUGAUCUUGAUCGGAUUUAGGCCACGAGUGGUGUCACGUGAUGAGUGUUCUUCGGCUUUGGUAGGGGAUGAACCAGCACGUGUGUUUGGUGCUUGUUGAUUCUCCACGAGCUUGAUGAAGAACUUGGCAGAAGUUUUGCUUUGUUGACGACUUGAAGACGACGGAUGAUCAAGGGCUGUAGAGGCUUGAACUUGAUCAGAUCACGAGCGGUGUCACGUGGCGAGUAUGGCUUUUGAUGGUGGAUGAAUCAGCACAUGUGUUUGGUGCUUGUUGAUCCUCCGCGUGUUUGACGACUUCCGAGCUUUUAGGUGAUUUCCCCUGCUUGUCUGAAGUCGGCGAGGUGAAGAGACCGGCUAUUUGGCAGCUUGAUGGUUCUUCACGAGCUUGGGAGACUUCUGAGUUUUGGAGAGGUUUCUUCCGUCUGCUUGCGUCCCUCUGUCUGUCGUCGUCCUCGAUGGUGUACUUGGCUCAAGGGCGAUUGACGCUUGAUCUUGAGUCGUAUGAUGGCCACGAGGGUUGACACGUGACGAGUGCUUUGACUUGAGGUUGGUGAUGAACCGACUAUUUGGCAGCUUGAAGGCUCUUCACGCGCUUGAAGACUUAAGAACUUUGGGAGUAAUUUUUCUCUCCGGCUGAAGUCCUUCUCUUGAUUUGAGAGGGGCUAUUUAUAGUGUCAGCGCCUCUCUCAAUUUGGAAUGCCUUAAUGACACGUAAUUAAUUGUAUUUUCCUUAAUUACGUAAUC